AUGAAGCCGCGACAGAACCUAGUGUUGAAGAACCUCAACACCUGGCUCGUCUUUAUUGGCCUCACCGUGUAUGAUGUGAGCCUUGUGGACAAGACCUGGCCUAUGGAUUCCUUUGAUGUAGUUGGUGGCAACUUUUCGAGAUCGUGGGAUAGCCUUGACGCUGGAGCUGUCGUUUCUCAUUAUGUUGAGUUGGAGCCAAGAGUGAAAGGUCUAUUUCAGGGCUCCCCAGCCGUGAUCACGUUCCACAUCCCCAACAAGGUUGAACAUGUGGUUGCAUACUCUACCCCCAUGUUUCUGUUGAACAUGCUUGGAGAAACUAUACCAGAUAACAAGCUUGACGCAACAAUCUUUUUUUCAAUAUCUUAGUCUUAUUAGACUAUUUGGGACUGUAAUUGUUUGCCUUCCAUAUUGGUUAAGGUUUGUUGUUUGUAUAUAAUUAUAUUAUGAUUAAAUGGGCUUUGAGUAACUAAUGUUUCCAUGUUUUGUUGAAUCAUUUCCUGGUGAUUUUUGGAUGGCGGAAACCAACUUUCUCAUGCAAAGUUUAGUUUCAUGGUUUACUGUUUUUAGUACUCUAUGCAAUCUCUUCAAGAGGGAUGUUUAUGGUCAUAAAUUUUUGGAUGUAUUCUAGAGC